UUUGUACCAAUAAAUUGGAGUUGUUCCCCCGUGUGUUCUUUGCCAAAGCCGAGCAAUCUCAUUUCUCUGUUUUUUCACCUCUGUUCAUUCCUCUCUCUUUGUGUCAAGAGCGAUGGCAGAUAAUUCAGGAAGUAGCGGAAACCAUGAUGUUGCUUUGUCUGUUAAAGAAUGCGAGGCCAGUCACAACCAUGCCUCCUCUGCCUCCAAAACCAACCAAGGAGGAGGCUUCUGUCUCUCUGUUCCUUUCAUGCAGAAGUUGGUGGCAGAGUUUUUGGGUACCUACUUCUUGAUCUUUGCCGGUUGUGGAUCGGCGGUGGUGAAUUUGGGCAAUGACAAGGUGGUGACUCUGCCGGGAAUUUCGAUAGUUUGGGGGCUGGCUGUGAUGGUUCUGGUUUACUCCGUUGGCCACAUCUCCGGCGCCCAUUUUAAUCCUGCAGUCACCAUUGCAUUUGCCACUUGCAGAAGAUUUCCAUGGCAGCAGGUGCCAGCUUAUGUAUCAGCUCAAGUCCUCGGGUCAAUACUGGCGAGUGGCACCCUUCGGUUGAUGUUCAGUGGGCACGAGAACAAGUUCGCCGGAACAAUUCCGGCAGGGUCUAAUAUGCAGUCUUUUGUGCUCGAGUUCAUAAUCACAUUCUACCUCAUGUUUGUCAUAUCCGGUGUUGUCACUGACAACAGAGCUAUCGGAGAGCUUGCUGGCCUUGCCAUUGGGUCUACAGUCCUACUUAACGUAAUGUUUACCGGGCCAAUUUCAGGAGCAUCGAUGAAUCCAGCAAGAACCUUGGGGCAGGCUAUUGUACAUUGCAAGUACGAAAGCAUAUGGGUGUACCUUUUGGCGACGACUCUUGGGGCUAUAUCCGGUGCAUGGGUCUACAAUAUAAUCAGGUUCACCGACAAGCCGUUACGCGAGAUCACCAAGAGUGGCUCUUUCCUGAAAGCAUCAAGAGGUAGCGGCUCUGGCUAACGGAGUAAUUAAUAGUUGGAAACACUUGUUUUUUUUUAUCUGAUUUAAUUCGGAUAAAAAUAGUUUUUCCAACUAUUUAUGAGAAAAGAGUUUCCUCUAUAUUUUGUUGUACUUGUUUGGUGAUUGCUGCGUUGGAUGUGGUACUUAUAAUUACUAUAUAUAUAUAUAUAUAUAGGCUUAAAAAGUGUAAGGAGGAACUCACAUAUAUGUAUGUUUUUUUUUUUUUUUUUUGAAAAACACAUGUAUGAUAUAUGUAUGUUAUGAUGAAAUGAAGUAAUCUCUGUAUCCAUACAAAUCUUAUAAAUGAAAGUUUGCUUCUUUGUUA